AUGACCAAGUUCCGAGGUUGCAUAGAUAUUCAUAACGGUGUUGUGAAGCAGAUUGUUGGUGGGACACUCGAUACUGGUUCCCUUGCAACUAACUUUGUUUCCGAACAACCUCCAGCCUACUACGCACAGCUGUACUCGUCGAACAAGGUUGCUGGAACUCACGUCAUCAAGCUCGGUCCAGGGUGCGAUGAUGCUGCUGCUGAGGCUCUUGCGGCAUGGCCUGGACAACUACAAGUUGGUGGUGGGAUUACAGCCGAGAAUGCGGCAGCAUGGCUUAAUGAAAAACACGCAAGUAAGGUCAUUGUGACCUCGUACUUAUUCCCAGACAACAAAACGUUAGACCGCAAGCGACUGGAGGCUUUGUUUGAGGCUAUUGGUGGGGACCGCGAAAAGCUUAUUAUUGAUCUAAGUUGUCGGCGACGUGCAGACACUGAGACCGGCGAGCCACGAUGGUUUGUAGCUACUAACCGGUGGCAGACUAUCACCGAGGUCGAGGUCAACAAGGAAACCCUAGACGACCUGGCCAAGUACUGUUCUGAGUUUCUGAUUCAUGCCGCAGAUGUCGAAGGUCUAUGUCGGGGAAUUGAUGAAGACCUUGUACGCAAGCUGGGUGAAUGGACUACAAUUCCUACCGUGUAUGCAGGUGGGGCCAAGAGCAUUGAUGAUCUUGCGCUUGUUGAGAAGCUCAGCAACGGCAAAGUUGACUUGACGUAUGGUUCUGCGCUUGACAUCUUUGGCGGUAACAAGGUUAAGUUUGAUGACUGCAUUGCCUGGAACGAAAAGCAUUAA